AUGUCUUCUCACAAGACUUUCGGGAUCAAGCAAUUCUUGGCCAAGAAACAAAAGCAGAAUCAUCCUACUCCCCAGUGGAUUCAGAUGAAAACCGGUAAUAAAAUCUGGUACAACUCUAAGAGGACACAUUGGAGAAGAACUAAGCUGGGUCUCUAA